AUGGUCGAUAUCGAGGCCUCACCUGGCUCUCACCAGCAACAGCAGCCCGCCAAUGAUGCCACCGGCGGUGCCAUCCCGCUCCAGAACUUGAGCGGACAGCCUCCCGUGGGCGCAGGCCAUGACGCAACCUCGGUCAACCAGGGUAAGCCCUUGGUCCUGUACCCAGAGUCGCCCGUCGCCCAGCGCAGCAUCCGCCAGGAGGUCGGCAUCUGGCUGCGCGCCGCCUCACUCGUCUGCGCUUCAGUGUCCCUGGGCCUGCAGAUCUACACCUACGAGACCACCCUUGGCGGCCGCCAGAAUGACUUUGUCUUCCCCGUUGUUUUCUUCCUGCUUCCAUUUCUCACGAUGAUGAACAUCGGCGAGAUCACCAUGCUCAACAGCCGCAAGGGCCGGCGGUACGCCGCUAGGAAUCGCAUCCUGCGCGAUUCCCUGUCACUGGUAGCUGCCGUCGGUGCCUCGUCCGGCGUGUUCUACCAGUUGACCCAAAUGACCUCUCACGGCAUGAGCGUCUACGGUCCCGACAAUUGGGAAACGGGAACCCGGGUCAAUGUCGCCUUCACGGCCAUAGUUCUUGUCCUCCAAACUGUACUAUUCGUCUUCGCCUGCCUGGACAAGCGAGAUAGGAUCAACUCCCAGCCGAGAGUACUGUACCUGCCCACCGGCGCGCCGGUUAUCGUCAUGCGCGAGGUGCAUCUAAAUCCUUCGCCGCCGUCGAGUACUAGAGCCACUCGGCGUUCGUCGCACCACCCUUCCGCAUCGACAUCCCCGGCCUGGUCCAUACGGUCGUCAGCGGCGGCCAAGUCUCGACCGCCAUCGUACCACGAUCCUUCCAUGCCCUCGCAGGCACUGACGAGACCACCUCCGGCCCUUCAGCAAGGAGAGUCUGCAGUGCGCACCGCGAGCAAUACUGCUCUCAGCCCUGGCGCUGUUGCACCGAAUACAUCGAGACCAGCUCCCGUCGGACCACCCCUGACGGAGGAGGCAAGCAGCUCUCCAAAUCCGACCGGCGAGACGGAGGAGGAUGUAGACCUUAGAGUGGCUAGAGGCGAGAGCCAGGCUCAGCGGAUGUCGCCGGCCGAGAUGGCUCUAUAUUUUAGGAGAGCAGAGGAAGUCAGGUAA